GCCCUCUCCCUCGGGCCACACCGAACCAGGGCUUUUGAUGGAAGGAGUUCUAAGGCCCCUUCGGGAGGAGUUCUGGCUUGGCUCAGGGUUAGCCCCCGAGGUCCUUGCCUACUCUCCAAUCCCGGGGCUUUGACCCAAGAGACCUCAGAGGCCAGCUAGUCCCACACCCUCAUUUUACAGAAGAAGGAAACUGAGGCUCAGCCCCUUCCCGGAGCUGCCAGAGCCAUUCUCCCUUAAUCAAUCGCUGUAACUAGCUGGUUCCUCCUUAAGAGAGAGAAGAGGGGAGCGAGCCGGGCUCCUAACUGGCUUCUCUGACUCCGCCCCCGCCUCCCUUCAUUUUCCUUAGAAGGCUCUUUCUCUCCCGGCCGGGGUGUGAGUGUCUGUCUGUCUGCCGGCCGGCCGGCCCGUCCUUCUCCGGCAAAGCAAGUCCACGGGCCAGCCCGAAGGACGCGGGACGGCCGCGAGCCGCGGGAGCGCUGCAGCGGAGCUCCGCCGAGCCCGGGCACCGCGAGGAGGCGCGUGUCUGUGCUUGGGUGGGAGUGAACGGAAGGGGAUGCGCAGCCCCCGCCAGCCUCACUGAGCUGGGGGCUUCGCCCCGGGGAGAAGAUGCGCCUGGGGAGAUGGAGGUUCUGCGGCGCUCCUCGGUGUUCGCGGCGGAGGUGAUGGAAGUGUUUGACCGCUCUCCCACCGACAAAGAGCUCGUGUCCCAGGCCAAAGCCCUGGGCCGGGAAUACAUCCACUCCCGGCUCAUCCGGGCCGGCCUGGUCUGGAGCAAACCCGAGGCCAAGACCCCGACGCCUGGCGGGAAGCUGGCGGAGGUGGCCAGCAUCCUUCUGCGGCUGGGGGAUGAGCUGGAGUACAUCAGGCCCAACGUCUACCGGAACAUUGCUCGCCAGCUGAACAUCUCCCUACAGUCUGAGAGUGUGGUGACCGACGCCUUCCUGGCCGUGGCCACGCAGAUCUUCGCAGCAGGAAUAACAUGGGGCAAAGUGGUCUCCCUCUAUGCCGUGGCAGCAGGGCUGGCAGUGGACUGUGUGAAGCAGGCCCAGCCAGCCAUGGUCCACACCAUCGUGGACUGCCUGGGAGAGUUUGUACGCAAGACGCUGGUGACUUGGCUCAAGAGGCGAGGAGGAUGGGCAGACAUCAUGAAGUGUGUGGUGGACAGUGACCCCAGCCUUCGAUCGCACUGGCUCGUGGCCGCCCUCUGCAGCUUCGGCCACUUCCUGAAGGCCAUCUUCUUUGUCCUGCUGCCAGAGAGAUGAGCGCGGGGCGGCGCGCUGCCCUGCACAUCCUGGACUCUGGGGGCCUGCUGGGGCUGCUUCCCUCUGGGGACAGGCGGCUCUCCAGAGCAAGCCUGCGAGCAGAGGCCGGGAUGGGGAAGCUGCCGGCUUCUCCUCGUGCUCAGCCAUGUUUCCCGUCCUCCCAGAAUCCCGCCGCUGGUCCCUCGCCUCCGCUCCGUCCCGUGUCUCUUUGCAAAGCCGCCCUUGGCUCUUCCCAUUGGGUCGGCGGCCCUCGACUCCCCCAUCUCUCAUCCUGCUUGUGUCCGCUGGCUCUGGCCGCCUCUUCCUUGGACCCCGGAGACCAUCGUCCUCGUCUCCAGGCUCUCGUCUCUUCAGGCCUCCCUCCACGCCGCUGACAAAAUGCAGUGCCGACUGUGGCACGCUCCUGCUUAAAGCCUCCGUGGCUCCCUAGUGCCCCUGGGGUCCUUCCUCAGCCUGGCAGGGCUCCCUGCAGUUGUCCUCCCCAGGGAACCUCCCCUUUCCAGAAAGAACAGCAGUGGGUGGACUGGAAAGGGGUCUGAUGUCCCGGACGGUGGCUCCCACCUCUGCAAGGAUGGAGGCAGGAGUCCUUCCUCAUCUCUCCCAGGAGCCUUCUUCUCCAGACUUUGCCACGCGGCUUCCCAUCCUGCGCUCUAGAUUCCAGCCAAACUGGACGCCUCAGUCCUACUCCUGAACCCCCAUCUCUGUGCAUUUGACCAAGCUGUGCCCCCACGCAGGUAGGAAGCGCACCUUCCUCCCUCUCCAUCCAGCUGUCUCUGGUCUCCUUUGUAUUUAUUUGUGUACAUGUGGAAUUCCCCGAGGGCCAGGACUGCUCUCCUCCAUACCCUGACACCCAGCACGGUGCCUGGCAUGCAGGUUGCUGAGGGAUGGAUCGUCGAGGUUGUUAGGGCUCGCCAGGGCCCCUCCAGUUAUCUCUUUGGGUGCCUCGUAGCUCUGAGUAGAAUGGAAGCUCCCCUCAGGCAGGCAGAACUUGUUUCCCUUUUCUUUGUAGCCCGGCACCUAGUAGUUACCUAAUAAAUGUUUGUUGAAUGAAUAAAUAAA